AUGGCGAGACUACAGGGACUGCCCGCGCCAACACAACAGCCCAAGGGCAAGAAGAAGAGGAGCAGAGCGUGCUUCUUCGACCUUCCUGGAGAGCUGCGCAACCGAAUCUACCGCCUCGCCCUGCUUAGGAAGUCCGAUGUCUACCUCGCCAUCAAGACGAAGAAGUUGAUAUCGGCUGGUGUCGGAUACGAGGGCUACAGGUACGCAGAGAGACCCAUCAUACAAGACUGCUGAUAUUGACAGAGCCGCCUCCGCAGUAUCAAAGCUCUUCAGGUCGGUGCUGGCAUGCCACCCAUCCUCUACGCCUCCGAACGCCUCAAUGCCGAAUGCCGCCGUAUCUACUUCGAGGAGAACUACUUCACCUUCCAAGAUUCCUCCCUCUGCACCCGCGGCAUCGAGGCCUUCCGGAAGUUUCUGGACCGCUCCAUCAACAACGUCUGGCGCCUCGGCGUCCACCGCAGAUUCUACAUCGGCGACCUGAAGACCCCGUUUGAAGUCCACUUCGUCGCCGUCAUCACGAGGCCUCUGAACCGCAUCCUGCUCUGUCGCCCCCAGAACAAGAAACAGUACGUACCCUGCACCUCAACCCUUUUUGUCCCUGAUGAAGAAAAUCUUGCUGAUUCUUCUCUUCUCCCCCGCUUGCAGACCCUUCCCGGGCAUCAAGUCCAAGAUGCGAGGCACCGACGUCGAGCCCUGCCGCUGCCAGGUGAAGCGCCUGGCCUACGACUGCCACAGCGGCACGCGCACCAACGGCCUCGACCUCUUCGACUUCAUCGAGAAGUACGUCGCCUUGGUCCGCUCGACCGCGGUCAACGAGUACAUCACGAUCUGCCCCAAGUGCGACUCCGUCAUGCGCACGUGA